UUGCUAGAUUUAGAUGUCCUAUUUAUCUUAGCUAAAUAUUUUAGUCUUAAAGUAUUUAAUUUGAUUAUGAUUAUUAGAUUUAGAUGCCCUAUUUAUCUUUAUCCAACCUUUUCUUGAGGCCAUGAUUCACAUCUCAACUUCAAAUCGUAUGCAAGAAAAGAAAAGCUUGGCCGAUUUAUUAUUCUAAGAAAAAAGUAAUUUCUUUGCUAGUUCAAAUCAAAUAAUGGAUUUAAAUUUUAUAACAUACGUAUAUCGAUUAAAUAUCUCCUCUGAUCAUGCCAAAGCAAGGAAUUUCUUGUGUUUGAGGCCAUCCAAAAUUCAAGAAAUACUAAACCCAAAAUCACAAUCUUGCUGCUGAUGAAAUUCAAUUCUGCAAAGGAAUCUACAAAUUCCUCAGCAUACAAAUAGCCAUAAACCUCUCCAUCCCUACAAAUCAUGGCAAAUCCAACUCUUCUCCUUUCUCUAGUAGCAUUGAUUUUCACAUUCUUCACCAGCUCUUUUGCUUGCACAUUUGUCAUAACCAACAGCUGCCCCUUCACCAUAUGGCCCGGGACGCUCUCCGGCUCAGGGACCCCGCCGCUCCCCACGACAGGGUUCCAGCUGGAUUCCGGCCAGAGCAUCACGGUCCCCGCCACUCCCGGAUGGUCUGGCCGGAUGUGGGCCAGGACCGGCUGCACGUUCGACGCGACCGGUACUGGCUCGUGCCAGACCGGAGACUGCGGCGGUAGGCUCGAAUGCAACGGCAUUGGCGCCACGCCCCCGGCGUCCCUCUUCGAGAUCACCCUCGGGGUCGGGGACCAGAAGGACUUCUACGACGUCAGCAUUGUCGACGGUUACAACCUGCCGCUGGCUGCCGCGCCGAGGCGCGGCGGAUGCAACGCCACCGGAUGCGUACAAGACAUCAACAUGGGUUGCCCUAAAGAGCUCCAGGUGAUCGGGAGUGAGGGGGGCGAAGGGGGCGGCGUGGUGGCAUGCAAGAGCGCGUGUGGGGCGUUCGGGCUCGACCAGUACUGCUGCAGUGGGGAGUUCGCCAACCCGACCACGUGCAGGCCGUCUUUCUACUCCGGGAUCUUCAAGAGAGCUUGUCCAAGAGCCUACAGCUAUGCAUUUGAUGAUGGAACCAGCACAUUCACAUGCAAGGCCUCAGUCUACAACAUAGUAUUUUGCCCUAAUAGUGGGAUGAGGAUAAUAGAUGGUGGAUUGGAAAAUCCUGUUGAAGAAAGAAGAACUAGCAAUGUAUCUAGGGAUGUGUCAUCUUCAUCGUCUAUGAGUAUGACUAUGAUAGAUAGAUCUUACCAAAUAUUGAUUACUUAUGUUAUCUUGUUUGCUUUAUGUUAUUGGCAUGUUUAAUAAUUUCAUCGUUAUCUAUAGAUAAUUGUCACCACGUGACAAGAAAAAAAUUAAAGAUUCA